AUGAACUCCGACGAGGCGGUGGCUUUCGUCGCGCAGGACCUUCGCCGUCUUCUCCGCGAGGAGGCCGCUGCGGAUGGCGGGAUCGAUCGUUCACCGCCUUUUAAGGUCACCCCCACCAAGGGGAUCGCGGGGGAGGAGACUACACGGCCGCGUUUGAUCCUCCAACGCGCGGCCGAUCACCUCGUCGAGCACGUCCUCCGCGUGCGAAAUGGCGGGGAUAACGUCACGGUGAUUAUCCUGCUGUUUUCUGUUUCGGACGAAUUCACCCAGGAAGGAUCCAUGGAGGGGUUCGAUCCCGAACAGUGCUAA